GGGCGGGCGGGCCGCGGUUCCGGCAGCUCCCUGCGGCGGCGGGCGCACUCGGCCGGUGCUGCGCUGCGGGGAGGGUGGCUCUCCCAAGCCGCGCGUCCCGUCGUCGCGCUCCUGAUCCAGCAUGGCUUUCGCCAAUUUCCGCCGCAUCUUGCGGUUAUCCACCUUCGAGAAGAGAAAGUCCCGUGAAUAUGAGCACGUCCGCCGGGACCUGGACCCCAACGAUGUCUGGGAGAUCGUGGGCGAGCUGGGAGACGGCGCCUUCGGCAAAGUCUACAAGGCCAAAAACAAGGAGACCGGUGCCCUGGCCGCAGCCAAGGUCAUUGAGACUAAGAGUGAGGAGGAGCUGGAGGACUACAUCGUGGAGAUUGAGAUCCUGGCCACCUGUGACCACCCAUAUAUCGUGAAGCUCCUGGGGGCCUAUUACUACGACGGGAAGCUAUGGAUCAUGAUUGAGUUCUGUCCUGGGGGAGCUGUGGAUGCCAUCAUGCUGGAGCUGGAUCGAGGCCUCACUGAGCCCCAGAUUCAGGUUGUAUGCCGCCAGAUGUUGGAGGCUCUCAACUUCCUGCAUGGCAAGAGGAUCAUCCACCGAGACCUGAAAGCUGGCAACGUGCUUAUGACCCUUGAGGGGGACAUCAGGCUGGCUGAUUUUGGCGUGUCUGCCAAGAAUCUGAAAACCCUGCAGAAGCGAGAUUCCUUCAUAGGAACACCUUACUGGAUGGCCCCUGAGGUGGUGCUGUGUGAAACCAUGAAGGACGCCCCCUAUGACUACAAGGCUGACAUCUGGUCCUUGGGCAUCACCCUGAUUGAGAUGGCGCAGAUCGAGCCCCCACACCAUGAGCUCAACCCCAUGCGGGUCCUGCUCAAGAUUGCCAAGUCGGACCCUCCCACCCUGCUCACACCCUCCAAGUGGUCUGUGGAGUUCCGAGACUUUCUGAAGAUAGCCUUGGAUAAGAACCCAGAAACCCGGCCCAGCGCCGCACAGCUGCUACAGCACCCCUUCGUCAGCAGAGUCAACAGCAAUAAGGCUCUUCGGGAGCUGGUGGCUGAGGCGAAGGCCGAGGUGAUGGAGGAGAUCGAGGAUGGCAGGGAGGAUGCCAGGGAGGAUGGAGAAGAGGAGGAUACUGUGGAUGCUGUUCCGCCCCUAGUCAACCACACUCAGGACUCCGCUGCCGAUGUAACUCAGCCAAGCCUCAACUCCGACAAGCUUCUCCAGGAUUCUUCCACCCCGCUGCCUCCCAGCCAGCCUCAGGAGCCUGUGAACGGGCCUUGUAGCCAACCCUUGGGGGAUGGAUCCCUCCAGACCACCAGCCCUGCAGAUGGGGUCUCCAAGAAUGACAGUGGCUUGAAGGUACCUGUUCCCCUCCGGAAGUCCCGGCCACUGUCCAUGGAUGCCAGAAUUCAGGUGGAGGAAGAGAAACAAAUCAUUGACCAGGCUGAGCACCCCAGCCCUGCAGCCAGCAGGUCCCAAAAGGCCAGCCAGAGCCGACCUAACAGCAGUGCCCUGGAGACUUUGGGUGGCGAGACUCUGGCCAAUGGUGGCCUGGAGCUCCCCAGCUCUGUCACUCCAAGCCAUUCUAAGAGGGCCUCGGACUGUAGCAACCUGUCUACCUCAGAGAGCAUGGACUACGGCACCUCCCUGUCUGCUGACCUCUCCCUGAACAAAGAAACAGGCUCAUUGUCUCUCAAGGGCUCAAAACUGCACAACAAGACCCUGAAGCGGACACGCCGGUUUGUGGUGGAUGGUGUGGAGGUGAGCAUCACCACCUCCAAGAUCAUCAGUGAGGAUGAGAAGAAAGACGAGGAGAUGAGAUUUCUCAGGCGCCAGGAACUCCGAGAGCUUCGGCUUCUGCAGAAAGAAGAGCACCGGAACCAGACGCAGCUGAGCAGCAAGCACGAACUGCAGCUGGAGCAGAUGCACAAACGUUUUGAACAAGAAAUCAAUGCCAAGAAGAAAUUCUAUGACGUGGAGCUAGAAAACCUGGAGCGGCAGCAGAAGCAACAGGUAGAGAAGAUGGAGCAGGACCACAGCGUGCGCCGCAGAGAGGAGGCCAAGAGGAUCCGCCUGGAGCAGGAUCGAGACUAUGCCAAGUUCCAAGAGCAGCUCAAGCAGAUGAAGAAGGAGGUGAAGAACGAGGUUGAGAAACUGCCCCGGCAGCAGCGGAAGGAGAGCAUGAAGCAGAAGAUGGAGGAACAUUCUCAGAAGAAACAGCAGCUGGACCGGGACUUUGUAGCCAAGCAGAAGGAGGACCUGGAGCUGGCCAUGAAGAAGCUCACCGCAGAAAACAGGCGUGAGAUCUGUGACAAGGAGCGCGACUGCCUCAGCAAGAAGCAGGAGCUCCUCCGAGACCGAGAGGCAGCCCUGUGGGAGAUGGAGGAGCACCAGCUGCAGGAGCGACAUCAGCUGGUGAAGCAGCAACUUAAGGACCAGUACUUCCUGCAGCGGCAUGACCUGCUGCGUAAGCAUGAGAAGGAGCGGGAACAGAUGCAGCGCUACAACCAGCGUAUGAUGGAGCAGCUGAAGGUCAGACAGCAACAGGAGAAGGCGCGGCUACCCAAGAUCCAGAGGAGCGAUGGCAAGACGCGCAUGGCCAUGUAUAAGAAGAGCCUGCACAUCAACGGUGCGGGCAGUGCCUCCGAGCAGCGCGAGAAGAUCAAGCAGUUCUCCCAGCAGGAAGAGAAGAGGCAGAAGGCAGAGAGGCUGCAGCAGCAGCAGAAACACGAGAACCAGAUGCGAGACAUGGUGGCGCAGUGCGAGAGCAACAUGAACGAGCUGCAGCAGCUGCAGAAUGAAAAGUGUCACCUGUUGGUGGAACAUGAGACCCAGAAGCUGAAGGCCCUGGAUGAGAGCCAUAGCCAGACCCUGAAGGAAUGGAGAGACAAGCUUCGGCCACGCAAAAAGGCCCUGGAAGAGGAUUUGAACCAGAAGAAGCGGGAACAGGAAAUGUUCUUCAAAUUAAGUGAGGAGGCAGAGCCCAGACCCACCACACCCAACAGAGCCAGCAAGUUCUUCCCCUACAGCUCUGGGGAUACUUCCUAACACCCACACGCCUGGGCUGUGGUGGGCAGCAUGGCCACCGGGGCCGCCAAGCCUCUGUGAACAGGUGACUCAGGACCUCUUCCUCUUGCUUCUGUGCCAGCUCGAAUCACCCAUCCCCCUGCAGCACCCCAGUUGUUCACAGUGCCACCCUGGUUCUUCCAAUGGAUGACCUCCUCAAGACUCCAAUUCCCAUCACCUGGAAGUGAUUUGCUGUUAAGGCCAGGGGCCAGGUGGGAUGGGUGAACCCCUCCUGUUUGCCCAAAACACCAGCUCUACUGUCUGUGGGCACAAGUGCUACCGAUGACAUCACCACAAAUUCAUCCCUACUGUGAUCCUUGUGUUUUUUUUUUUUUUUUUUUUUUUUUUUUUUUUUUUUUUUUUUUUUUGUUUUGUUUUUUCCUUCAGCAAUUCCUCACAGUGUCAGAAAACAUCCCUAAGAGCCAUUUCAUUUCUCAGCAGCCAGCUCUUGGGCAUCCCCAUUCCCCUGCUUCACACAGCUAGCUGACUUUGUGCUUGAUGAGGUGCUGUGUAUGUGGGGGUAGGGAACGGAAAAAGGGAGGCCAGAAAUAUUCGUUCUGCUGGAUUCUGACAUUUUAUCCUAUUUUAUUUUCUCUCUCCCUGUGAGACACACACAUGCACAUAUCACACACAGACACACACACACACACACAAACACACAACUUGGUGCCCCCUAACACCACCCAGACUGCCUCUGCCAUGGCCUCCUAGGACCAGAUGCAUUGGAACCUGCUUGCUUGCCUCCUGAGCCUGAUCCUGAGCCUGGGCCACCGAGCGUGUCAGGUGGAGCAGCUGGUGGGGGCAUACUGAGUGCUGGCACCAGAGCCCAGAGAAGGCACAGGCUGUACUGCCAGGCUGCAACUCAUUUGGCUGCACACGGGAUCCUGUGUUAGGGGUACACUCCCCUCCACACUUGACUUCUGCUGCCUAGCAUGUGCCAAUCUCAUCCUUGCCCGCUUAUCUGCAGGCACCCAGGAAGGCUCUUGACCUUUUGCCCUAGUCCUGUACUGGAGUCCCACUGUACAUUUCAACUAAGCUUCAGACUUCUCUGUCCAGGAAGAAAUGCUUCCCACCCUCAGGAACAUGUGGAGCUCAGGAAAAUGCCGAGUCUCCGUGUCUGGGCCUUAGGGGUUGCUCAGGUAACCUCCGAGAUGCUGAGCCCCGUAGGCUACCGUGCCCAGCAAAGCAGCUGACCACCCAACCUGCAUUCACUGAUCAUGAUUUUCUUGACUCUGGAUGCCUAAGUGCUUAGUUAAAGUACAGGUAAAUGGCUGGCUGCUUCAGAUACCCUCUUUUUAAAAAGCCCCUUCCCAGGGAUGACAAUGGGACGGGGUGGGGGAAGGGAGGCCCAGGCGGUCGAGUCUGUCGAAUGGCUGAGACCUCACCAGUAUGUCUCCAUCACUGCUCGAUGUUGAGGCAACUUUCUAAAAAGUUCCCUCAGAUGAAAACUGGGUGCUUGGGAGGGAGUGGGCUAGAAAAAAUAGGAAGACAAGUCUUGGGGCUCCCAGAUCUUGUGUGCAGAGCCCAGGAAGGCAAUAGUUCUCAGGGUAGCAAGUGGGUAAGCUUGCUUUCAGGCCUUGCACCAAGGAGUCUUGAGAGACAAUUGGCUUCCUUCUUUCUGGUGCAUAGAGGCUGGGAAACUCGAAUUGUCUGAGUGGUGCAGGGGUAGGACUCAGGGCAGGUGGAUGAGGCCACACCACAGGCACCGUUGUUUACAAUCUCUACUUGCUUGCAUCUGGGGGACUUGACAGUGGCUGUUAGGCAAAAUGCGAGUUUGUGGUUCAGGUAAGAGCCUUUGACCACUCCCCGACAUCAUCCAUACUGUUCCAGUGCUUUGUCGCGUCCACGCUUAGUACCACCUGAGCCCUGGUAGCUCUGCUGUGCCCUUUGGAGUGGGGUCUAGCCUAGUCUUCCAGCCUCAGAAUUUAGCGUAAGUGCAAUGCUUGCCACUGACGAAGGCCCACGCGGUAUUCCUUGUGCUCUGUGCUGACAUUUUCUGUACAGGAACAAGCAGAAGUGUUUUUAGCGCAGUAAAUAUAACUAACUUAUAUUUCCCUUCAUGAAGGAUGGAAGUAAUGUGUACGUCAUUUCCAAGUGCCGUGGAUAAUUUUUAUAAACUGUUCUCUGCAAACAAAACAUGUAAAUAUGCUUCUAAAUAAUAAAAUAAUAAGGUGA